UUGGGACCAUUGGCCUACUCCUGACGCAGUAUAUAGAUUCCCCCCAUCUACUGUCUCUCUCGGAAACUCGGACUUUCCCAGCAUCACUCCGACCUUGUCCAGCCUAGUACACCUCUACAUCAUCCAGGAUCUCUAGAUAUCCGCCCUCGCUCUCGCCUUCAAAACAACUCCACGUUCACAGAUCAACGACAGCAAUGUCUUCUGCCUCCGAGCCCUGCGCUUGCAGUCUAGACGGCCCCUUCAAAGUCGCCUUCAUCAUCGCCACGAUAGGCCUGGGCCUUGUGUCUCUGGGUAUGCUCGGCUGCGUGGCUAUCCUGAAGAACCAAUGCCAUGUCUACGCCGACAAGUACUACGCCUCCCGCCGCCUGUACGAUUUUGCCGUCCACCGCGAACACUGUCAAGCGAGCGAAGUCAUGCGGUUGAAGCGCGAGCUGCAGUGGCUGGUCGGGGACUGGCCUCCAGCGGGGACCGGGCUGCCUCCCCUCGAGCCUAUCGAGGUUGGCGAGGAGCCCUUCGCCAUCGCCGACGACGAUACCAGCAAGUCGGAUCCGGACGAGGACAAUUUCAUGCCCAAGGAUAACGCCGUCGCCGAGAAUGCCCCGACCCCUGAUCCGGCCGCAGACGCGAGAGAGUGGCCACUCCGCCCUUCCAUGCCACCGAGUCCGCGUGGCCCACAUGACAGCUUCCUCCCACCGUACCGGACCCUGAUGUAUGAACUUAACUUGGCCCUAGCCGACGAGAGCGACGGGGCGAUGGGUGAUGACGAGAGCGACGCGGUUAAUUCCCAAGCUGGUGGAGAGGAAACCGAGGAUGACGAAGAUUGGAGCCCCCGGACGCCAGAAUCGGAGAGGUCCUCUGGGCCCCCAAUCCAAGCUCCCGGGCCACUCCCGGGUCGCAAGGCGUCAAGGCCAGGUUUGGAGACGGGGGAUGCCGAGGGCCCAAAGGCGAAAAAAGACGAUGAUGUUGUCUCGGCGGCGUCUGCCGUGGCCUCUUCUUGUGAUGCAUCGAGAUCGGAAGCUGCGCUAUGGAGUAUGAGAUCUAGCAGCAUCUAGAGGUGAUUUCCUCACGCGGGCGAAGGAGGGCUGCUUGGACAGUGUUACCAGCUUCCCCAAGUAGCAACAGAAUAGAU